AAGCAUGGAGACCUAAUCAACAACAACAACAUAAUUCACCACAACAAUCACAUAGUCAAAGGCAACAGCUCAGUAUCUCACAUCAAGAAAUAAUGUCAGAUAGUCAUCAAGAACAACAACAACCAAGUGGUUCACAAGAAUUACAUAGUCUGCAACAGUCAUCUGUUUCACAGCUAUCUCAUUCAGAACAAUCACAGGAAACUGCUGUUGUUUUAAAAAAAAUUGAUUCAUUUACACAAAAUAUGCAUGAUAUGUAUUUGGCUCAAAUACCAAAACGAACUAACCAAAUAAAUAAAUUAGGUAGAAAUAUUAUUGUGGAAACAAAUAUGCUUAAACUCAUUUUUGCACAAAAUUUUCAAACAAAUAUUAUACAUUAUGAUGUAAUCAUAACACCAGAUAAACCAAAAUUUUUAUUAAGGACUAUUUUUGAAGAAUUUAGAAAAAAGCAAUGUCCAAAAAGAUAUCCUGCAUUUGAUGGCAAAAAAAAUGCAUAUAGUGCAAAAAUUCUUCCUUUUGGUGAUAAAAGUAAGGAAGAAGAAAUAAAAAUUGUCGAUGUUAAUACAGGAAAAGAAAGAAAUUUCAAAAUAUAUUUAAAUAAAGUUGCAUCUCUUGAUUUGUCAUGGUUAACAAGUCUAAAAUGUGAUUUGAUGGAUUCUGAAAAGAAUCAAAAAUGUAUACAAGCAUUAGAUAUUAUUUUACGUCAUGGACCUGCAUACCAUUAUACAAUGGUUGGCAGAUCACUUUUUCAACCACCAGAACCAGGAAGGAUUGUAUCAUUAUCAAAUGGAUUAGAUUUAUGGGUUGGUGUAUUUCAAUCUGUUGUAAUUGGAUCUAAACCAUAUUUAAAUAUAGAUGUUGCACAUAAAGGAUUUCCUAAAAGUCAAUCAGUUAUUGAUUUGAUGAAAGAACUAUGUAAUGUACAGGAUUUAACUCCAAAAGAUAUAGAACGCAAUCUUGUUAAUAUAAAUAAAUUUUUAAAGGGAUUAAAAAUUCAAUAUGAAUUACCUGGACAACCUACUACUAAAAGAACUUAUCGUGUAAAUAAAUUAGUUGAUUGUCCAAGAGAAAAUAAAUUUCAUUUGGAAGAUCAAACUUUAUAUUCGGUUGAAAAAUAUUUUUUGCAAAUUAAAAAAUAUUCAAUAAAAUAUCCCAAUCUGCCAUGCCUUUGGGUAGGAUCUCGGAAUAACUCAAUUUAUUUACCUGUUGAGUUAUGCACGAUAAUUGCCGGACAAGUUAUACACAAAGAAAUGAAUAAAAUUCAAACUUCUAAGAUGAUUCGUGAAACAGCAACUAAUACACAAAAACGUAAAGAAAAAAUUAUGAAUAGUUUUGCUAAGAUGAAUUUAAAUCAGCAGCCAACUUUAAUGAAUGAAUUUCAUUUUUCUGUAAAUGCAGAAUUUGAAAAAGUACCAGCAAGAGUUCUAAAGCCUCCAAAAUUACAGUAUAAAGAAAAAGAAGUUACUGUAUGUAAGGGAACAUGGAAAGCAGAAAAAUUUUUUAGUCCUUGUGUUUUACCAAAGAAUUUAUGGACUAUUUUAAACUUGGAUAAAUUCGUGCAUACUCAUGAUUUAUAUAAUUUACAUGAAAAACUACUUCAUGGUGGUAAGUUUUUGAACAUGGAGAUUGAAGAAGCACAAACUCCAUUUACAAAUUUAACUAUUAAAACAAAUAUUAGUAAUAUUAUCGAAUAUUUUAAAGAUAAAAAGAAACAAAAUAUACUACUUGUAAUAGUGAUACUUCCAAAUUUAGAGAAUGCAUAUAGUAUUGUAAAGCAAAUUUCUGAACUUCAAAUACACGAAGGUAUUGUAACUCAAUGUAUAAAAAAUCAAACUUUAAAAAAAUUAAAUGAUUCAACAAUUGGGAAUAUUCUGUUAAAAAUUAAUUCAAAGCUUAAUGGUAUUAAUCAUAUUAUUACUCCUACUAAUCGUCCAAAUUGUCUACAUAAGCCAUGUAUGAUAAUUGGUGCAGACGUGACUCAUCCAUCACCUGAUGCUAUAAAUAUACCCUCAAUUGCAGCUGUAGCAGCAAGUCACGAUCCAAAUGCUUUUAAGUAUAAUGUUGAAAUAAGACUUCAAUCACCGAGAGAAGAAAUAAUUCAAGAUUUGGAAGAAAUUAUGAUCAUUCAAUUGAAAUACUUUUAUACAACAACGAGACAAAAACCUCAGAAAUUAAUUUUUUAUCGAGAUGGAGUAAGCGAAGGACAACUUACACAAAUAAUGCAUAAAGAAUUAUUUGCAAUAAAAAAAGCUAUUGCACGUUUAGAGAAAUCUGAUGAAUUAAAAAUCCCAAUCACAUUUCUUGUAGUUCAAAAACGACAUCAUGUACGUCUUUUUCCAACUGAUGUGAAGAAUUCUGAUGAUAAAAAUUUUAAUGUACAAGCAGGGACUAUUGUUGAUACUGAAAUUACACAUCCAACUCAUAUAGAUUUUUAUCUUGUAUCUCAUACUAGCAUACAAGGUACUGCUAGGCCUACAAAAUAUAGAUGUAUAUGCAAUGAAAAUCAAAUGCCUGAAAAUGAAAUUGAACAACUUACAUAUUAUCUUUGUCAUAUGUUUGCACGUUGUACAAGAUCUGUUAGUUAUCCUGCGCCUACAUAUUAUGCUCAUUUAGCUGCUUUUAGAGCAAGAGCAUUAAUACACAAUAUUCCAUUGAAUAUAGAUAAUCUGCAAGAGGAACAGCGGAAAAAAAUGACCUUAAGAAUAAAUAAAAGUUCACCUAUGUUUUUUGUAUAAAAUAAAUGUAUUAUUUUAAUAUAUAACAUGUAAUAUGUAAUAUGUAAUAUUUUUGAAUUUUUUGAUUGCUAUUGAUUUAUAAUAGUAUUAUAUAACAUUUUUUUUUCAAAUAUAAUAAAAAAUGUUUAUAAUGAA